GGAGGGUUGGAAGGGGAGUAAGGGCAUGCGGCCAAUCCAUCAAAGACACAUAAAGAAACAUGGGCUCGCUGUCCAACAUCUCGCCCGACUCGCCCUUUACCUUGGACAACAUCCCCUUCGGAGUGUUCUCGACAAAGGAGGAUCCGACUCCGCGGUGUGCAACUGCGAUUGGCGACUUUGCUCUGGAUCUUCGCGCACUCAGUAAAUCCGGCUUCUUCCAAGACGCUUCGGUGACCGAUGCCCUUGGCCAGGCAGCGUUGAACGCAUUUGCAGCUCUCCCGGCGAAGACUAGGACUGCCGCGCGCGAGCACAUCAUCUCUGGCUGCAAAAAUGGCAAGAUCUCAGAAUCCUGCCUGCACAAGCUGGCGGAGGUGAAGAUGCAUCUGCCGGUGGCCAUUCCGGAGUACACCGACUUCUUCUGCUCGCUUGAGCAUUGCACGAACUGCAUGCCUAUAACCAACAGCAAAGUUCCAGAGAACUUCUAUCAUGCGCCCUCGGCAUACAACGGCCGCGCAUCCAGUGUCAUUCCAUCACCAUCUCUGGUCCGUCGACCGAGAGGCGUGUAUUGGAAAGCGGGGACAAAGGAACCCACAUACGGGUUGUCCCAAUUCAUCGAUUUCGAGCUUGAGAUGGGCUACAUCGUGUCCAAACCGGUCCCCUAUGGCGAGACAAUCAAAGUGGACGAUGCGCAAGACCACAUCUUUGGGUUUGUGUUGCUGAACGACUGGUCCAGUCGGGACAUCCAGAUCUUUGAGAUGCCGCCCUUGGGGCCGUUCAAUUCGAAGUCCUUCGGCACCACCAUCUCUCCGUGGGUCAUCACCCUUGACGCGCUGAAAGCGUUCCAGUGUGCGCCGAAGCACGAGAUUCGACCGCUGGAGCACCUGCGCUUCAAGGACUUCGAGCACGGCACUUUCAACAUCAAACUCGCGGCUUCCCUCGAGCGAGACGGCAAGCGACAACAGAUCUGCACCAGCAAUCUGCGCUACCUGUACUGGACCCCUUACCAGCAGAUCACCCACCACGCGUCUGCAAACUGCGGACUACGCACGGGGGACUUGAUGGGCACGGGUACCGUCUCGGGCGACGCCAAAGACGAGAAGACGGGCAAGAAGUUCGAGCUCGGGUGUCUCUUUGAGGCGACACAGCACGCCAGUCAGCCCAUCGCCCUGGAGGGAGGUGGAAAAUUAGGGUAUCUCGAAGACGGCGAUUCUAUCAUCCUGUCGGCGUGGUGUGAAGACUCGACUGGGCGGCGAGUGCUUGGGUUUGGCGAGUGUCGUGGGAAGCUGGUGGGACCUGACGCGCCGAUUGCUUAA